GAGAAUGGAAGCGAAACGAAAAGGGGACGGAAAUAUUCUAGAGCCCUCGCGAUCCGUCACGAUCUGAACCUUCUCCAACUCUCGCACUCCCUCCAUUUUAGUUCCCCGCGCGCAACCGCUACAUCAUCCGCAAUCGCAACUCUGCACGGAAACCCACCGCCAUUGCAAUCCGACUGGUUCGCGGUUCGAUUCGCUGAGGCGCACACCGAGCGGGAGGAGCGGAGGCGUUGGGGCGCGUCGGUCACGGCCAUGGACGCCGCGCCGGUGCUGAAGCGGAAGGGCGCGGAUGCGGCGCCGGAGCCGUGGGUCCACGUCCCCGCCACCAAAAUCCGCCGACUCGACGCGGAGGUGCCGCCCGUCGAGACCGGCGUGGGCGGGCCGCUUGCUGGGCCCGGCGCGGGCGUGCCGCCGCAACAGGCGUUCGGGGUGGGGGAGGCGCGCGUGAUCGGCGAUGUGGCGGCGCCGGCCGUGGACGCGACGGCGUUGCUGAAGAGGAAGGGCGCGGAGGCGCCGCAGCCGUGGCUCGACGUCGACGGGGUCCCUGCACCCGCCACCAAGAUCCGGCGACUGGACGCCGAGGUGCCGCCUGUCGAGCCCGCCGUGGGCGCCCCGCUUGACCAGCCCGGCGCGAGCGUGCCGCCGCGGCCUUUCGUGGUGGUGGAGGAGGUGGGGAUGAGCGGCGACAUGGCGCCGCAGGCCGCGGCGGUCGGCGUGGGCGCGCCGGUGGUGAACGACGAGCGCGCGAUCGUGGUGUACCAGCCCGCCGAGGCGGCGCGCAACCUCCUGCAAGGCCCGCUCCGGCCGGGGACUUCUCUCCACGUCUGCCCCGACUGGAUCCACGGGCUCAAGAGCACCAUGCUGCACGAGGCGAGCAACCACAGGGCUCUGUUCGAGGAGCUGGCCGCCAGGGACGAGAACCUCCACCUGGCCAUGGUCCCGUGGGCGCCCGCCCAGAUCCACGCCCAUACCCAUGCCGGCUCCAGCUCCGCAGCGGCGGCCGCGGAGAUGAUGGAAGCUGAUCAGGACAGCGACGGCGCGUCCAUGGAUGUCGAGCACGACGUGGAGGGGCAGCCCACGCCCGCAGCUGGUGGCGCGCUGCAGGGGGAGGCGUUCCACCAUCAGCAGUGGCCGCCGCAGCACUGCGUUGCUCCGCAGCAGCUGCAGCUCCCGGCCGCGAGCUACCAGCCAAGCCCGGUCACGUGGUCGUGGUGAACGGCGCGAAUCAGAGCAGGAAGGACAUGGUAGUAACUAGUAAAGUAGUGUAGGAUCACCUCCCGGCCCCGGACUCCGGUUGCUCUGCUUUUGAGUUUUGGGCUAUGAAAAGCGUGAGCUACCGAGCAGAGGAGGUGAUUUCAGGGAGACGGUGAAAGCCACCCGUUUUUUGACACGAGGCGAUGGUGUUCUUGUCGGAUACGAUCAUACGUGCCGAAGUGCUUGCUGGGAUUGGUGACUGUUGUUUCCCCCCUUCUUUCUCGUCAAGCCAACUGACGUUUCUUCAAAGUUUGAGAAUGUGGACUCUGGACUGGAGUUGAUAAGUGGAAUGAAUAUGUUUGCGCA